AUGCUGGCAUUAAAUACACUUUCUAAUAACCAGAAACAACAGUUGCGGAAUGCCUUUACACUUAUUGAUGGAGAGUCUCGAGAUUCUAUAAUCACUAAAACAGAUUUGAUAAAUCUCUAUCAACAACUAGGAUUACCGGUCCCACUGGAUGACCAACUCAAUGGAAUGCUUAAGAAUAGUGAGGGUAUAAAUUUCGCCCAAUUUCUGCAGACCAUGGCUGAAGAGUUGCUGGUGUUUGAAGAUCGAAAUACCAUAUACAAUGCGUUGAAAUUGUUUGCAGAAGAAGCAGACUAUAAUAGAGUUAGUGAAGAAUUGAUUAUUGACGUGGAUCGGUUGAAAGAUGCUUGCUGCUCAGUUCAAUUGGGAGAAAUUGGGUCUGGAGAUCAUAGAUUAACAAGACAGACAUUUGACGAAUUAGUUAAAGGUUUCGUACUGGAACAAACAGACGGUAAAAAAUUGUUUCUAACAGGUAAAUGGCUAGAUGCUUAUAUCGAUUAA